GAAACAAUCACCAGACACUUAUUUGAGCAAUGAUGGGGCGUAUUUGUGAUUUUAAAGGGGGUGGGGUGAUGUUGCAUAAACGAACAGGAGGGGCAGGUGCUGACACGUGCAUGUAAAGUGCAAGAGUGCUCUCACGUGUUCAUAUUUCAUAUAAAGCAGCUCCACGGGUCUGCUCACAUUGUCAUAGUUGUCGCACAGGUAACACACAUAGGACCUGUUGAGACGUGUCGGGUUACAGGUGCAACCCCAAACGAAAUAUUCUCGUUCACAUAAUGCAGUUUGUCGCAGUGGUGUUGCUGAGUUUCUGGGCCUGCUGUAGCCACGGUGCCGAGCUGCACAGGCUGCACUGGUCAGAGAACGUCCAGACAAAACUUGACCCCCUGACUUUGAAGCAGCAUGCUCCUCCGUCGGGCAACAUUGUCCAGUUGGCCGAAAAACUGGGGGCCAAGACACUGGUCAAGCUUGUCAAGGAUGCAGGACUUCAAGGUGCACUGUCAGGCAAAGGCCCUUUCACCGUGUUUGGGCCGACUGACAAGGCGUUUAAGGCUCUACCAAAGGCAGUGUUAGAUCUGCUGAUGGCGAACAAAACGGCGCUGCAGGAAGUCCUGAAAUAUCACGUUAUACUUGGGGACAUUUUUUCCAGUCAGCUGAAGAACAACCUGAUUGCCAGUUCACUGCAAGGUGCCCCGAUCAGGGUGAACAUUUACAAAGACGGAAAAGUGAUCACUGCCUCAGGGUGCGAGGUCAUCUUGCCUGACCAGAACGCCACCAACGGGGUUAUUCAUGUGGUGGACAAGGUCCUGUUCCCAGUCCCAGUGGGUACAAUAGUUGGUACGGCAGUGGCGAACCACGACUUCAGGACGCUCGUUUUGGCCGUAACUAAGGCUAGCUUGACCGGUGCAUUAUCAGCUAAAGGACCCUUCACCGUAUUCGCCCCUACAAACGAAGCAUUCAGUAAGUUACCUCCUGGAGCAUUUGACCGACUUCUCCACAACGUCACCGAGCUGACUCAGGUCCUCCUAUACCACGUUGUCAACGGGUCAUUCUACAGUGCAGGCCUGUCCAACGGAGAUGUCAAGACGUUGAAUGGAAAAUCUGUCACUAUCAAGCUUAACCACGACGCUGGUGUAUUGGUCAACACCGCCAGAGUCGUAAUAGCUGAUGUUUCCACCACUAACGGUGUUAUCCAUGCCAUUGACGAGGUUCUCCUUCCUCCCGCGCUUCGGCAAAAAAUAAUGGAAUCACACACCAAGAACCUAGCUGAACCUAUUGAGAACCUAGAUCAACUAGACGAGCAUCGGGCAAAUCCGACUGAAAACAUUGUUCAGCUGGCUACGAAGUUGGGUGCUACAACGUUGGUCAAAUUGCUUCAAGAUGCUGGACUCGUAGGAGCAUUGGGUGGACCAGGGCCGUUUACAGUAUUCGGUCCCUCAAACCAGGCAUUCAACGCCUUGCCAAACAAAGUCAUUGACCAGCUCAAGUCAAAUGUCACUGCUCUGCAGGAGGUCCUCAAGUACCACGUGAUCAGUGGUGACGUAUUCUCCAGCCAGUUGAAGAAUGACAUGACGGCAAAUUCCCUACAGGGUUCUCCCAUCAGGAUAAAUAUCUAUGGAACCGACACCAAGGUUAUUACUGCAGAUGGCUGCAAGGUUGAUCUUGCUGACCAAAAUGCCACAAACGGAGUCAUCCACGUAGUUGACAAGGUUUUGUAUCCUAUUCCAUCCGGGACAAUCGUGGAUCUGGCCAAAAGUGACAAACACUUUAGUACCCUGGUAUCAUUGGUAGUUAAAGCGAAUUUGGCUGGGACACUUUCAAGUGCCGGGCCAUUCACAGUUUUUGCCCCCACUAAUGAGGCGUUCGAAAAACUACCUGCAGACGUUCUUAACAAGCUCGUGAGUAACGUAACGGCCCUGGGGCUUGUGCUCAGGUACCACGUUGUUCAAGGGACCGUCUACAGCGCCGGCCUCGUUAACGGAGAAAUGGUGCCGACGGUUAAUGGAGCCAAGCUGACCGUGAACAUUAGUUCUUCUGCUGGUGUCCUAAUAAACAGUGCUCGAGUGGUGAUGGCAGAUUUAUCCACCACCAACGGCGUUGUCCAUGUCAUAGAUUCGGUGCUUAUACCCCCAACGAUGUGGGAAGACCUCUUGGUGCCAGCAGAAUCAUCUAUUGAUGAAAUAGAAGAAACGAACACUGCAGAGUCGCCGAGAUUCAAUAUCUUAGACCUGGCAGACAAUUUAGGCGCGCACACUUUAGUACAACUAGUUCAGACCGCUGGUCUGGGCUCUGCGUUACGAUACGGCAAAGGUCCCUUCACAGUGUUUGGUCCAAGUGACGCAGCUUUUAAAAAACUUAAGCCAGAGAUAGUGAUGCACUUAUUGUCCAAUGUGACAGCUCUUAAGGAGGUGCUGGAAUACCACGUGAUUGCUGAAGACGUGUACUCCAGUCAACUAAAGAACGAUCUGGUUGUCAAGUCAAUGCAGGGAGCCGGUGUGAGAGUGAACAUAUAUGGAGAGAAAAUAACCGCCUCUGGCUGCCCAAUAUCCAAGGCUGACCAGAACGCCACAAACGGCGUCAUUCACGUGCUGGACUGCGUUAUGACCUCAAUCCCUACGAUGAACGCCGCGGAAUUGGUGGCUAGUUUAAAGGAUUUCAAGACUCUGAAACUAGCGUUGCAACAUGCUGGGCUGGUUAAUACACUAUCUGGUUCCGGGCCUUUCACGAUUUUCGCGCCCACAGAUGUCGCAUUCAACGCACUGCCCCCUGGUAUGUUGGAUCAUCUGCUGCACAACGUCACAGCACUGACGCAGGUUCUGACAUACCACGUGGUCAAGGGCACCUUUUACAGCGCAGGGCUGAAGAGUGGUGACGUCAGAACGGUCAACGGGAAAUCAGUCAAAGUUGAUGUGCAAGCUGAUGGAAUGAUCAAGUUGAACGGAAACAGCUAUGUGGUUUGGCCUGACACGAGUGUCUCAAACGGCGUUAUCCAUUCCAUAAAUCAAGUUCUGUUGCCUCCAACGUUUAAAGACAUUUCACAUCCUUCAAUGAAGAAUUUGAUAAUGACAAAUAAAUUUACAAAAUUAUAGCAUAUAUCAUAUAAGGACACUUCCCCUGAAAUUAAAAUAUCAACGCCAAGUCGACGCAUAUAAUGUUAGUGAGUUAAAGGUUGGACAAAUAAAACAAUCUGUUGAAGUUUAACACGGCGGUUGCAGCAGAUACUACUGCUUGGCUUGUGAACUAGGCAAGAACACCUAGACUAAGUGACAAUCAAUGAAUAGACGGUACAAUUUAGCACCGAAUCUGCCACUUUAAUUUGUAUAUAGAUGUGCAUUGUAGAGGACCGACUCGUCGUGUCAACAAUGGGUGUAAAAAUUGCAGGCGAUUUAUUUUUAGUGGAAGGGUUGGCAGACCCAAGCCCAGAUAACUAAUUGCAUGAUUUCAAGUACAUGCCAAUUAAAUCUUAUCUUUCAGGGCACGAA